UGGCCGGCCGCCCGCACGAUGGCCGGCGCCGCGCCGCGCGUGCACUACCUCGCUGGCUUCUCCUGCCCGCUCGGGGGCCUGGCGGCGGGCAAGCCCCGCGUACUGUGCCACGAGGCGGAGGUCUUCCUGUCCACCGGGAGCAAGUUCGUCUACGUGUACGACCAGGAGGGCGGGCUGCUGACUGCGGUGUACCAGUUCCCCGACCAGGUGUGGCACCUGCAGCUCCUGGCCGUCCACAGGGCGCUCUACGUUCUGUGCGCCCGGAGGGGCAUCUACUGCCUGGCGCUGAACACACCGAGCAGGUCUGCAAGCCAGGCCCAUGAGGACAAAGAGGACAGAGAGGACGGUGAACUCCCUUCCCCUGUGAUCCCUGUGGACCCAGACACCUGUGUCCUCCCAGAUGCCACACUCUGUGCCUUCACCGUGCUUGGUGAUGUGCUUGUCACUCUGGUGCAGGGUCCCACCCAGUGGAAGAUGCAGCUGUUUGAGCGUCCCUGUCCAGGGGAGGACCCCCGGCCAGGAAGCCUGGUUGGUGAGGUGGAGUUGUCCACCAGCACCCCCCCAUCUGGUGUCCCAGGGAAGCCUGCAGUCCCCUACUUCCUGCCAGUGCUGUGCUGUGUUUCACCGCCAGGCUCCAGGGCACCCCACAGUCACCCCCAGGACUGUGGGGGUGUCAUGCUAGAGGAGGCCCUCUUUGGCCUACUCUUUGGAACUGACGCCACCCUCUUGGAGUCACCUGUGAUCCUCUGUGGUCUCCCUGAUGGCCAGCUCUGCUGUGUGGUCCUGAAGGCCUUGGUCACCUCCAGGUCAGCCCCUGGUGAUCCAAAGGCACUUGUCAAAAUCCUCCAUCACCUGGAGGAGCCUGUUGUCUUCAUUGGGGCCUUGAAGACAGAGCUGCUGACCGAGGAGGCUGCAGGAGGGGUGCUGCCCAGUGAAGAUGAGCACUCCGACUGCCUGGUGGCCCUUGGUCACCAGGGCCGGACACUGGCCAUCAAGGCUAGCUGGAACGAGUCUGGGAAUUUGGUGCCAGAGCUUCGAGAGUACUGCCUCCCAGGACCUGUGCUCUGCGCUGCCUGUGGAGGGGGAGGCCGCAUGUACCACAGCACCCCCUCAGACCUCUGUGUGGUGGACCUGGCUUGGAGAGGCACACCCUUGGACUCCCAGCAGCCUGAUGGGGCCUCAGGAAGCCUGCCCCCCAUGCUAUCCCCAGCUAGCUUGAGCAUCUGCAGUGUCCUCACACUGUCUGUGUCAUCCAGGGAGCCUGCAGGUGGCACCAAGCUCCUGGCCCUGUCUGCUAAAGGCCGCCUGAUGACCUGCAGCCUGGACCUGAACUCUGAGAUGCCUGGUCCUGCCAGAAUGACUGCAGCAAAUGCAGGCCAGAAAAUUAAGGAGCUGCUCUCUGGCAUUGGCGAUGUCUCUGAGAGAGUGUCUUUUCUGAAGAAGGCAGUUGACCAGCGGAACAAAGCCCUGACAAGCCUCAAUGAAGCCAUGAAUGUGAGCUGCGCCCUGCUGUCCAGCCGGGAGGGUCCCCAGCCCAUCUCAUGCACCACCACCACCGCCUGGGGCCGCCAGCAACUGCAAGACAUGCUGAUGGCCACUUGCCUACUGGAGAACAACAGCAGCUUCAGCUUGGACCAGGGCUGGACCUUGUGCAUUCAGGUGCUUACCAGUUCUUCUGCCUUAGCCCUGGACACGGCUGGAUCCACUGUCACCUACACCAUCCCAGUGGACAGGCUCAGCCCUGGCAGCCAGCGGGAGGUGACACUACCCCUGGGCCCUAGUGAGAAUGGUGUGCUGGACCUGCCUGUGACUGUGUCCUGCACGCUCUUCUACAGCCUCAGGGAGGUAGUGGGUGGGGCCCUGGCCCCUUCAGACCCUCUGGAGGACCCCUUUCCGGAGGAGUACCCCGUUGACCUCCUGCCUGAGCAGGAGGGUAUCUGCCUGCCUCUGAGCAAGCACACAGUGGAUAUGCUGCAGUGCCUGCGCUUUCCAGGCCUGGCCUCACCACAUGCACGGGCAUCCUGCCUGCCUGGCCCUGCUAGUGACCCUGUGGACACCUUCCUGGAAACCUGCCGGCCACCAGGCAGCGAGCCAGCUGCCUGCUCCCUGCGCGCCAAGUAUCUACCCCCAUCCUCGGCCUCCAUCAAGGUGUCAGCGGAGCUGCUCAGGGCUGCCCUGGAGGACGGUCACUCAGGUGUUCCCCUGUGCAGUGCCACCCUGCAGUGGCUCCUUGCUGAGAAUGUUGCUGUGGACAUCGUAAGGGCCCAAGCACUGUCGUCCAUCCAAGGAGUGGCCCCAGAUGGUUCUGACAUCCACCUCAUCGUCCGUGAGGUGGCUGUGACGGACCUGAGCCCCGCAGGGCCCAUCCAGGCUGUGGAGAUCCAAGUGGAUAGUUCCUCUCUGGCUGACAUGUGCAGGGCACACCAUGCCAUCGUUGGGCGCAUGCAGACAAUGGUCACAGAGCAAGCUGCCCAGGGAUCCAGCCCGCCUGACCUCCGCAUACAGUAUCUCCGCCAGAUCCAUGCCAACCACGAGGCACUACUGCGUGAAGUCCAGGCCCUGCGCGACCGGCUGUGCACAGAGGACGAAGCCAGCUCCUGUGCCACAGCCCAGAGGCUCCUGCAGGUGUACAAGCAAUUGCGCAACCCCAGCCUCACCCUGCUGUGACCAGCUGCUGGCCAGACUUGUCACUGCUGGGUGCUCUUCCUGCCCGAGCACUGGGGCUCGUCCUGCUCAUCCACCAGAAGUUCUGGACCUCUGAUGGGGAGCAUUGUUGCCCAAGCAGGCUGUAGAGGGUUUCUGGGGUCCAGGCUUAGGGAGAGUUUGGGACUGUGUUGUUGCUGCUGUUCCUUCCACACCCUGGAGCACCUCCUGCCCCUCUGGGGCAGGUGGACGGGUGCUCUCUUCGACCAAAGCACAAAGACCGGGUGAGGGCUCCUGCAGGUGCCAGUGUGCCUGUGACUGGGGCUGCACCCAGCACUGUGUGCUGCUUUCAGGGUCACUCGGGGAAGGGGGAGCGCAGCCCAGGGCAGACCUGUGUCCCAACCCCCUGCCUCCUCCCUCGGCCAGUCACUGCCUGGCUGCUGGUGCUGUUUUCCCUACUGGGGCAGUGGGGCAUGGUCAUGCAUGUAGACUUGGUGGAGCUUUGUGCUCACUUGUGUUGUAAGUGCGUCUUCUACGAGUGCGUGCAGGCACCGAGGUGCUCUGCUAACAGGUGACCCUUUCUACUAACUCCAGGUCUGGGCUGGUUUUUCUUACCCCUCCUGCCCGCACCCUCUCCCCACCUGGGAUGUGGACCCAGGCCCGAUUUCUCCUUGGCCCAAGGGCAGGAGGUCCUGCAGUGGGGAUGCCCCUCAGUAUCUCUGGGAGGGCUGAGACUGCCAGCUCUUCCCACUGUUGCUUCCAGCUUCUCUCUCAGAGC